CAGCACAAACAAAAUCCCGAUUGUGCCGCGAUUCCCGUGCAGGCCGAGGGUGCCGCCGCCGCCACUGCCACCCCCACCCCCACCCACCGCGGGCUGCGCCACUCCUCGGACCACCAUGAGCGGCGCCAGGAACAACCGGGUGAUGAUGGAGGGAGUCGGGGCCCGAGUGGUGCGGGGCCCUGACUGGAAGUGGGGCAAGCAGGACGGGGGAGAGGGGCAUGUGGGCACCGUCAGAAGCUUCGAGAGCGCCGAGGAGGUGGUGGUGGUCUGGGAUAACGGCACCGCCGCCAACUACCGCUGCUCCGGGGCCUACGACCUGCGCAUUUUGGACAGCGCACCGACAGGAAUCAAGCAUGAUGGAACAAUGUGCGAUACGUGCCGUCAGCAGCCAAUUAUUGGAAUUCGUUGGAAGUGUGCAGAGUGUACCAAUUAUGACCUUUGCACAGUUUGCUACCAUGGUGAUAAGCACCAUCUGAGGCACAGAUUCUAUAGAAUCACUAUUCCUGGAAGCGAGAGAGUUUUGUUGGAGUCUAGACGGAAAUCAAAGAAGAUAACAGCAAGAGGCAUAUUUGCUGGAGCAAGGGUAGUGCGUGGAGUGGAUUGGCAAUGGGAAGACCAAGAUGGGGGCAAUGGACGAAGAGGAAAGGUGACUGAAAUUCAAGAUUGGAGUGCUUCUAGUCCUCACAGUGCAGCAUACGUUUUGUGGGACAAUGGAGCAAAGAAUUUAUACAGAGUUGGGUUUGAAGGCAUGUCCGACUUGAAAUGUGUGCAAGAUGCAAAAGGAGGUUCCUUUUACAGAGAUCACUGUCCUGUGUUGGGUGAACAAAAUGGGAGCCGGAAUCCUGGUGGCCUGCAGAUUAGUGAUCUUGUCAAUAUUGAUCUGGAUUUAGAAAUUGUUCAGUCAUUACAGCAUGGGCACGGAGGUUGGACUGAUGGCAUGUUUGAGACAUUAACUACCACUGGCACAGUCUGUGGCAUUGAUGAAGACCAUGACAUUGUUGUUCAGUAUCCAAGUGGGAACAGGUGGACAUUCAAUCCUGCAGUUCUGACCAAGGCUAACAUGGUUAGAAGUGGAGAUGUGGCACAGGGAGCGGAAGGUGGAUCAUCACCAUUUAAUGUUGGCGAUCUGGUUCAAAUCUGUUAUGAUUUGGAACGAAUCAAACUUCUGCAGCGAGGUCAUGGAGAAUGGGCUGAAGCUAUGCUUCCUACUUUGGGGAAAGUUGGGCGUGUGCAGCAGAUUUACUCUGACAGUGAUCUGAAAGUAGAAGUAUGUGGGACAUCUUGGACGUACAACCCUGCUGCUGUUACUAAAGUAGCAUCGGCUGGAUCUGCUGUGAGCAAUGCUUCUGGUGAGCGUUUGUCGCAACUAUUGAAAAAACUAUUUGAAACACAAGAAUCGGGAGACAUCAAUGAAGAACUUGUUAAAGCUGCAGCCAAUGGUGAUGUUGUAAAAGUGGAAGAAAUAAUGGCACGGCCAGAUGUUGAUGUGAAUGGUCAGUGUGCGGGACACACUGCAAUGCAGGCAGCUAGCCAGAAUGGACAUGUGGAUGUUCUGAAGCUUCUCCUCAAACACAGUGUUGACUUGGAAGUUGAGGAUAAAGAUGGGGACCGAGCUGUUCACCACGCAUCAUUUGGGGAUGAAGGAGCAGUUAUUGAUGUUUUACACAGAGGAGGAGCCGAUCUAAAUGCUCGGAAUAAACGGAGACAGACUCCAUUGCACAUUGCUGUAAAUAAAGGUCAUUUGCAAGUUGUCAAGACUUUACUCGAUCUUGGAUGCCACCCAAGCCUCCAGGACUCUGAAGGUGACACACCUCUUCAUGAUGCAAUAAGCAAAAAACGGGAUGAUAUGCUCUCUGUGCUGAUUGAAUCGGGUGCAGAUGUAACAAUCACCAACAAUAAUGGUUUCAAUGCUCUCCAUCAUGCUGCACUGCGAGGAAACCCCAGUGCCAUGCGUGUGUUACUUUCCAAACUUCCAAGGCCUUGGAUUGUGGAUGAGAAAAAGGAUGAUGGAUAUACUGCUUUACAUUUAGCAGCUCUGAACAAUCACGUUGAAGUGGCAGAAUUAUUAGUGCACCAGGGCAAUGCUAACCUGGAUAUCCAGAAUGUUAACCAGCAAACAGCAUUACAUCUAGCUGUUGAGCGACAGCAUACUCAAAUUGUUCGGCUAUUGGUUCGUGCUGGUGCAAAAUUGGACAUCCAAGAUAAAGAUGGUGAUACACCUCUUCAUGAAGCUCUACGCCAUCACACUUUGUGUCAGCUCCGUCAACUACAGGAUAUGCAGGAUGUGGGAAAAGUAGACAGUGGCUGGGAACCUUCCAAGAACACAUUGCUUAUGGGCCUUGGGACACAAGGAGCAGAUAAAAAGAGUGCGGCUUCUAUCGCUUGCUUCCUAGCUGCAAAUGGAGCCGAUCUUGCUAUUCGAAAUAAAAAAGGACAGUCACCACUUGACCUUUGCCCAGAUCCAAACCUCUGUAAAGUCCUGGCAAAAUGUCGUACUGUCCCUGCUCCUAAAUUUUAUCCUUAUUUCAGUGGGCAUGUGGGAUCGCGUAGCCCUUCUAUGAUUAACAAUGACACAGAGACUUUGGAAGAGUGCAUGGUUUGUUCAGAUAUGAAGCGUGAUACUUUAUUUGGACCCUGUGGACACAUUGCUACUUGCUCCCUUUGCUCACCACGUGUUAAAAAAUGCCUUAUCUGUAAAGACCAAGUUCAGUCUCGAACAAAGAUUGAGGAAUGUGUGGUAUGUUCUGAUAAGAAGGCAGCAGUGCUUUUCCAGCCUUGUGGUCACAUGUGCGCCUGUGAGAAUUGUGCAAGCCUCAUGAAAAAGUGUGUGCAAUGCCGGGCUGUUGUGGAACGUAGAGUGCCUUUUAUCAUGUGUUGUGGUGGGAAAGGUACGGAAGAUUCCAAUGACGAUCUUAGUAGUGGAAAUAUUACACCUCUGCAGCGAGACAAGGACAAUACCAAUGUCAAUGCUGAUGUGCAGAAGCUCCAACAACAGUUACAAGAUAUUAAGGAGCAGACUAUGUGUCCUGUUUGCCUGGAUCGUUUGAAGAACAUGAUUUUCCUCUGUGGACAUGGAACAUGUCAGCUUUGUGGUGAUCGAAUGAGUGAAUGCCCCAUCUGUCGCAAAGCUAUAGAACGCAGGAUUUUACUGUAUUGAACAAAGAGUGUUGUCCGAGUACAAAACAGAGCACUGCACCUGUAUCAUAGUCCCAAAUAAAUUAUUUUUGGUAGUCCUUUUGUUUGUGGUAUGAUAGUUGAACCAUGAAUAGAGCAUUUUCUGUCGUAAAGUUAAGUAUUGGAAAUCAAAAAUGUAUAUGCAUAGUUCUUUACAAGCAGUCAUCAAAACACAUUGUUGAUGAGGUUUGUCUUGUUAGUAUCAGCUCUAAAUCCAGCUCCCAAUGUAUCCAAUGGAAUUCCUCCAGUUGAUAAAAAGGCUCUUUUGGCUACAAUAGGAAAAUAGCCAUUUUUUUUCUGAGUGAGUACACAGAACAAAAUAUACCUGCUGAGUGCUUAACACAUUUUCUUAAUAUUAUGUACAUCAAUAACUAGUUCUUAAAAUUUAACAACUUCAACACAGAAAAUUCUUACAUUUAUUUAGGUUUUUUACAUAUUUCUGUUGCAGAGACACUUAACUCACCUGUGACUAAUUUUCUGGAAAUAAAAAUAAACGGCAAUGGUUUAUCUGCAUUGUUCAGUAACCCAACUAAACAAAAACCAAACACUUAAAUAAACUAUAAAGCUUAAAAAAAAUGAUAUCCAGCUAAUCUGUUAUCUGGCAUACAGAUGUGAAAGUGUGCUGUUUUCACCUGAAUAAUACCUCGGAAAUUAAUCGGGUGCUAUCCUAUGUAGAAUUGGGAACUUUAAGUAGUUAAAAAGUACUUUGUAUAUGUUAUCUAAUUUUAAUACUGCAGUAUUCUCAUUGUUUUCUACAUAAAAAUAGCAAACAUUGUAAAAAUCGUUUGGUUCGCAAGUAAAAACGGGUUGAAAACCUGCUAUUCAAUGAUACAGAGUUUAAAUAGUUGAGGUCUUGUGCUGACAGGCCUAGCUUAAAGUCUGUAAGCCAAUUGAAAAUCUAAGUUAUAUUGUUAAUUCAAGGAGGAAAGUGAUACUAUAUUUUUGCAUGUUUGGAUGUUUCCGUGUACACUAGUUCAAAAUCUAAUCAUGAUCAUUCUUGAGCCAUGUUUGCAGGCUUCAGCCACAUAAAGUUGUGUGAAACCAGAUUUUCUUUGAUCAAGUGCCUCAUCUGUGCUUGGCAGCACUUCCCAACCUGGCAAAAUUUGGAAUUAUAAGCUGUCUAAAUCGCAGCAAUCAAUGGUGUAAUGCAUUCAUACACCAAUAUUACUGGAAAACUCAAAUAUUGGUGAUCUUUACCUACAAGCUAUUUGCGGUUAGUUCACUGUUGAUUCAUGAUUUAUAGAGGAGCAAUUUUUGAAUGAACCUAUUAUAUGACAUUUAGUUUAGUAUGGUUUUUUUGAUGUCCAUACACUUGUUAUCUUGUACGUUAUGCAUUUUCUUAAUGCCAUUUAAAAAUGUUGAUUCCAAAUCAACUGGAUUUGCAUCCUUCUCCAAUGCAAAACUGCAUCUGCCAUCGAUUGUCUUAAAUGAACAAUUAUAUUUUGGAAACAGAAGCUGCCUAUUAUCUGUUAUCUCCCUAUUAUCAUCUCCUUUUUGCUGAAAUUGAAUAUUACAUCCUGGAGAUACAACAUAAUAAGCUUCUAAACUUCAUUAUAUGGAACAAAUGUUCCAUUUCCAGAUUAAACUUGAAUUAAAAUGGUUACUAUCAUGGUAAGUUGAGGAAUCGUGAUCAAGAACAUGUUUUGAAACACCAUUGAAAUUAUUUAGUUACAUUAGCUGACAGUUUAAAUAUCAAAUUGCUAAAUAUUUUCUACUUUGAAAUGUCUGGAGUAUUCAAAUCUCCAUAAUUAGUUUCUAAUAAAUUGUGAGAUUGGCACAUGAAUAACAUUAAUUCAACAAGAUCCUUGGCUUCAGCUAUACAUUACAACUUCAAAUUAUAAUUGGAUACAGAGCAGCAGAUUGAAUAGUUUGUGUUCUUAUUUCAAAAGUAGAAGGGGAAACCUUUUUCAAUAUCUGGUUAUCCCUCUCUUGUGUUUUAUUUUUGGACUACUUUGUGACCUAGGAAUUUAGCAGCCUGCAUGGUAAUCAUGUUUCUUUUCCAUAAUUUUACAAUUAAGUUUAUUUGUUUAGAUUGUGCUUCAAAGCAACCUCUUAAUUGUUUUUCAGAAUGGUUUCGUAGUUUUAGUUAUUUGAGUUGGUUUAAUUGUAAACAUAUUUUGAGUUUAAAAUGUUGGAAAAUGUGGAAAUAAGAUUUGCACAGGAAAUGUUUAAUUGUAUUUCAUAAUUAAUAAUUCCGAAUGUCAGUUCUAAACUCUUAGCUUUGCUUGGUAGCCUAAAGAUCAGGAAGUCUCAGUAGUCUCUAAUUGCCUCUUACAGACUGAGUGUUUCUUUUUUACUGAUUAAGGUCUGCAUCUGUUGUCAUUGGAAGUUUGGCAACAUUUCAACCAUUAUUCACAUUAUCUAAAUAAAUACUUGGGAGUUUUUAAGUGAUCAAAAUAGCCCAUCAUUACUGACACUAGAUUUGAUUUGUACGCCUAAAUUGAUCUGCAGGGGUAGGGAAGGAGGAAGAUUGUGAAGGGUUUUAAUCAAGGAGAACAUUUCAGAAAAAUCAUAAUUUGUAGCCUUGUCACCUACAAUAGGAUUCUGUUAAAUGAAUGUUCAGGAUGGAGUGAGAUGCAUUUCACAACUGUAAAAAAAUUAUUACAUUUGCUUCAGUGCAAUGUUUGCUGUACUAGUUGCAACUGCAGCUUUGCUUUGCCUCAUAAGCGAUUCAAUAGCAGGAAACGCACUAUAGAAUAAGAUUAGCAGCUUUGUAAUAGUUUAGAAUUUUGCUUAGAAUUGAUGUAGUAUUUUUCCUUUAGUUGUUUUAUCGUUGGUAUUUUACACGUGAAUAUCUACUUAACAUCAAUUUUGCAAUAUAAUUAAAUUGUGUAAAGUUGGUAAGUUUCUUUUGUUAAUUUGCUAGCUAUUUGCUGUGCUGUUGUCGUAUGUAUAGUUACUUAUGAAGAUUUUGUAAUGUUCAUGCCAAUUGCCUGAAAAUACUUGUUUGGCCAAAUCACUUUAUAUUUAAGCAUUCAAAUGCUAAACACAAAUGGAUAAAUGGACAUUUUGAGUAUAAUUUCUAUCCUUUUAUGUACAACCUUGUUUGUCUCUGUCUUGAAAGGACAUUUCUCUCCUUACAAAGCAGAGUUGUAUAAAAUCAUUUUCCUUGUGUCUUGUUUCUUACAAUUUUAGCAUGGUGGGGUAGGAGUGGGAAUUAAAGAACUUCCCCUUUUAAAUGGGGUGAAUUCUGACCAAACUGUUUGCUCAUUGUUUUUGCAAUGCUGUUUAGUGUCUGAAUGAAGCAGUUCUGUGCUUUGUUAAUGAAAAUUGCACAACCAGGUCAAAGCUUUAGAAAUAAAAACUCAUUUAUAUUCGUU